AUGAUUUUUUUAAUUAAUAUUGAUGAACCAUUACCUUAUGGAAUCACAGAAUUAGAAUUUACAAGUGAUUUCAAACAACCAAUUAGAUCAGGUGAUAUUCCUCCCAUUGUUACAAAUAUAGAAUUUUGUGAUUGGUACACUCAUCAAAUCGACAUCAAAUCAGUUAUACCACCAAGUGUAAAGAUCCCAGUCUCGCAGGUUUUCCGAAUCACACUAGGUAUCUACACCCGUGAAUUCACCACCCUCGCUUUCUGUGGUUUCCUCUGUAACAAUGGUCAAUCAGAAGCUGCCUUAAACAAACUCGCCCUACAAAAAGUUUUCUUAAAAUAUUUCUAA